UUCAGACAGGUAGUACUCCUACCAUUUGACACGUAGAUCAUUGGUUUACGUGUCCAGAGCAAAUUCAUGCGCUAUGAUUUCAACAUCCGGUGCACGCAGAGGCGCAAUGGCAGCGGGCACGAGCGCAGGUGCUCCUUCUACUAAGCAGCCCAAAAAGUCAAGUAAAGGAAAUGGAAGAGGCAGAUCAGCCACAGAGCCACAGGUCAGGAGCCGGAUGCAGCGUCUGUUUGGCUUUGAGAAGGAGGACCUGACGUCAUGGCACCGCUUCGUCUGCCUCUUGAAUCGCCCCACUGACCCGGCAUCGCUCGGUAUCUUCCGCUGCCUCUUUGGUAUGCUGAUGGCCAUGGACAUCACACAGGAACGCGGCCUCAGUCACCUGGACUAUAAAUACCUGGAUGGGGCUCCUGUUUGCCGCUUCCCUCUUUUCAACUUCUUGGAGCCUCUGCCUAUGGACUGGAUGUACCUUGUCUAUCUGGUGAUGUUCCUCGGUGCUGUUGGUAUCAUGCUCGGCUGUUUUUACCGCCUCUCCUGCCUCAUGUUCAUCUCCACCUACUGGUAUGUUUUCUUCUUGGACAAAACGGCCUGGAACAAUCACUCAUAUCUCUACGGGCUCAUUGGAUUCCAGCUCACGCUCAUGGACGGCAACAGAUACUGGUCAGUCGAUGGACUCCUUAACCCAAGGAAGAGGAAUGCACAUGUGCCGUUGUGGAAUUAUACUUUACUCAGAAUGCAGAUCUUCAUAGUUUACUUCAUCGCUGGGGUGAAGAAGCUGGAUGCUGAUUGGAUGCAGGGUUACUCCAUGAAAUAUUUGGCUCAUCAUUGGCUUUUUGACCCUUUCAAGGUGAUCCUGCCUGUGGAGUUGGUCAGUCUGUUGGUGGUCCAUGGUGGAGGUCUCAUCCUGGAUCUCACAGCUGGUUAUCUGCUGUUUUUUGAUGCCACUCGCCCGGUCGCCACCUUCUUUGUCACCUACUUUCACUGCAUGAACUCGCAACUCUUCGAGAUCGGAAUGUUUGCCUAUACCAUGCUGGCCACGAGUCCUCUGUUCUGCUACGCUGACUGGCCCAGGCGCUUCUUCAGCCACUUCCCAAAGUUCCUUUGGCCCGUCCUGCCCAUGGUGACUCCGCCUCCUCAACCGAGCUCCUCGUGUCUGUAUCUGAGUCCGUCAGGCCGCUCGACCAAGCGAACAGACACACAGACAGUUUCUAAACCCUCCACACAGCGUUUCAGACACAAGAUGGCCACCAUUUUCACCAUUGUCUACAUCGUGGAGCAGUUUUUCAUGCCCUAUUCCCAUUUCAUUACAAAAGGCUACAAUAACUGGACUAAUGGGCUGUACGGCUACUCGUGGGACAUGAUGGUCCACUCUCGUUCCCACCAACAUGUUAAAAUCACCUACAAAGAUGGAGUAACAGGAGAGAUCGGUUACCUCAGCCCUGGGGUUUUUACGCAGACUCGGAGAUGGAAGGAUCACGGAGACAUGCUGAAGCAGUACGCUGCCUGCCUGAGUCGCACACUACCCCGGUACAACAUCAGCGAGCCCCAGAUUUACUUCGACAUCUGGGUAUCCAUUAAUGACCGCUUCCAACAGAGGAUAUUUGACCCCCGUGUUGAUAUCGUGAAAGCAGACUGGUCUCCGUUUCGUGCCAACCCGUGGCUCAUGCCCCUACUGGUCGAUCUGUCCCCAUGGAGGAUGAAGUUUGAGGAGAUUGAGGGGACACUGGAUAACCAGACAGAAGUGGUCUUUAUAGCGGACUUCCCAGGCCUUCAUCUAGAGAACUACGUCAGCGAGGAUCUGGGGAACACUAGUGUGCAGGUACUGCAGGGCAACGUGAAGGUGGAGAUAUUGGAUGAGAAGAAGAACUAUACACUGACUCCAGGAGAAAAGAUGCAGCUUCCUGCUGGAGCAUAUCACAAAGUGUACACUGUGGCCGAUGCACCGUCCUGCUACAUGUACAUCUAUGUGAACACCACCGAAGCAGCACUGCAGAAGAACUUCACCAAGCUUUUGGAGCUUCAGGAGAAAGUCCGCAAUGGGACAGAGACCGAGCCUCUGCCCCCAGAGCUACAGCCGCUGAUAACUGGUCUCGAUGAUGAGGGCUCAGAGGUCACCGCCACAGACCCGCUGGUACGGCUCUUCCUCAAGCACCAGAAGCGCAUGCAGGAGAAGAAAAAGCGACGAGAGGCACCCAUACUUGAAAGGUUCAACCGAUUCACUACGAAAAAGUACUACAUGAUCCGACGAGGAUUUCUAAUGACUACAAUCGCGAUGAGAAACCUGAUAUUCGGUUUACCACCGCUGGAGCAGCUCAGGAGGGAACUAGACAACGCCAACAUGAAGGCACCCGAGACAGACGUCAUCCAAAAUGAGCAGCUUAAAACCGAGAUGGGACACGGGGAACUGUGAGAUCGUUGACUGGAGCUACCAAAAGGUGUUACAAGGUCCGAACAUUCCGAGAUCAGCCUGUAAAAUUAUGUUUACGGUUAUAAUAUGGUGUUCAGAUUUCGUUAGCAGAACACAAAACUUGAGGAUACGUAUUAUGUCUAAUUCUUGCAUUGUUAUUUUAGAAAAUGAAAUUGGGUACAAUGUUAAUGAACAUCUGAAUUCCCCCCAAACACUAACUGUUACACACUAUGCAAACUAAAUGUGUUACAUCAGGAUAGAUGUGUACAUGUUGUGCUGCUGUAUUUUUAUCCUUCAGUAAACUUUCGUAUGUUUAGCUGGGUUGUUUACAUGAGAAAUCCCUUUGAAGCAGUUAAUGUGAGUGUCGGAUGAUGGAAUAGUGUGAAAAUGAGCAUUGAACAAGUUAAGAUACAAGAUCAUUUUUAAAAAUUAAAAAAAAAACAAAUGAA